AAUAUUCAAUAUUUUUCGUAACUUCUCCUAUCAUACAACAUUAUGUUCCAUUUGUUAAAAAGAAAGCAAAUGAUGUACUUCAAGGCAUGGAAUUUAUUAAUCAAAAACUGAAUGCAAUUAUUAAGAGUCGUAGACAAGAAAUUGAAGAGAAACCAUUGGAUGAACACUUACCGCAUGAUAUGUUGACAUCAAUGAUUAUCAAAAAUACACUUCGUGAUGAUAAUUAUAUUGAAACUGGUGAAGCGACGAGACCUAUGACUGAUACCGAAAUUCGUGUUAAUAUACUUGAUGGAAUUUUUACUGGAACUUAUAAAAUUGGGAAUAUGCUUUCAUUCAUUGUCUAUUAUAUUGCACAUAAUCCAGAUGUAAAAAAGAAAAUGCUAAAAGAAAUUGAUAGUAUAUUUCAAGACGAUAAAAUGCGACCAAUUACUAAAGAUGAUUUUUAUAGUUUAAGUUACUGUGAAGCAAUUGUAAAGGAAGUAGCUCGCAUUCAUCCAGUAAUACACUUACUUACAAGAUAUAUUGAUAAACCUAACAAAGUAGCAGAAUAUCAUUGGCCAGCUGAUUCAUUGUUUCUAAUUAAUGUUAAAUCUGUUCAUAAUAAUGAUGAUUAUUGGGAAGAGCCUAAUAAAUUUAACCCUGAUAGAUGGAUAGUUAAAAAUUUUGAGCCAAAGAAGGGUUCUUUUCUUAUGUUUGGUGGAGGAUUAAGAUUAUGUCCAGGAAGAAAGUUGGCAACAAUUGAAUUAGUUUGUUUGAUAGCUUUAUUGUUUAGAAAAUAUGAAAUCGAUUUAGUAGAUAUGAAUACUCCUAUCAAAACUACAAACAGUGGUACUAUGGUUCUAUGUGUCGAUUUAUUAGUUGAAAUUAAACCAAGAAAUUGAUUUCUUAUAUUUAAGGAUAUAAUAUAUUUAUAAUUUAUUUGAUGGGAAAUAGAGAUAUCAGUCAAAGACCGAUGGAUAUCCCCAACUAAUAAGUAAGAUCAUUAGGAGUACUGCAAUAUCCAAUAGGAUUAAUGCUACUAAUACUGAUUUUAAUAUUGGUGGAUAUCUCAUUCGGAAUAUUUUAUAUUGAAUAUUUUAUUGAAAUUCAUUAAAUAAUCAAG